UAGGAGCGCAACACACCCGGUAGCAUUCAUGUCUGUUCUAUCAAUUCAGAUGCAUUGGGCGCGGCGUGAGCCAUUGGAGAAAUACACAGCGUUUUGGCAUCGUACGUUUGCCACGAUAAGCAGCGUCUUUCUUUCAGGUAACGCUGCUUCUCUGCUGGCCUCGUAUUCUCGGAGAUGAAUCUCGUCUUCCGAGUUAUACUUGACCAUGAAGAGUGGCGCGGGUCCCGUCUCCACGAAUGAUAUAAAGGCUUGUCUAGCGAACGCCUCCGUCAGGCCAUUCGCCAGCUAGUGUCCAUUGCUCAUCAGCCAGCUCUCCAGAACUAUGUUCAACUUCAAGUUGUCAGCUUUCAUCUCUGCCGCCCUCGCGCUUGCCUUUGCAGCGAAAAGGGCCAGUGCCGCCGAAUCCUGCUCCUGUGCAACCCCGAAUACUCCGGUCGGAAUUAUCAAUGAGCCGAUCACCAGGCAGUGUUGCGCGACUGCUGGAGGAGAAUUGACCCUAGUCAGCACGUGCUUGUUCGAGUACCCGAACCAUGCCUACGUCUAUUUCUCUGAAUGCUGCAGCGACGUGGAACAGGGUCGCGAGGGGUGGACUACUGCUUGCUUCAAUGUGAACGACGACGAGUCUACUACUGACUGAUGUCAGAGCGCGCAUGCAGAUCCGAGACGCUGCCGCAUCCCUGUGUCUCGUAGUAGUACAGAUCCUGCUCACCCGUCAGCUCCGCUGAAUAACGUUGUCAUCGUGUAUGCUGUGCGUUCUCGCAAAGGACUCGCAGAUUACUGGAAAUUAUUUCGGAUCGAUGAAGAUUUUGAUGGCCGUCGCAUCUCUCGUCUGGACCUGUGCUCGAGAGAGAGCUGAAAGGGGCUCCCUUGACACGCAUUGAGAAUUGCCCAAUCUCAAACAAGAAAGUGGUCUGAUGGGU